AUGAAUGCAUACCAAUUUGACACACUAAUUAAUGGAGCAGGUAAUCCACCAUAUUUUUUAGUGUUCAUUAACAUUAAUACGAGGAAAGGUUUUGUAUACCCAAUGCAAACAAAGAAUAGUGUAUCUGUUUAUGAAGCAUUGAAGAAGUUCAUUAAUGACACAAAGAAUGAUAAUCCUCCAAAAAUUAUGACAAGUGAUGAAGAUGGUGCAUAUAAAGAAGAUAAGGUUCAACAACUUAUGAUAGACAAUGGUAUUGAACAUUUAACGACACAAAAAUAUAAUCAUUCAAGAUUAGGUAUAAUUAAUAGGUUUAUCCAAACAUUACGUCAAAAGUUAAAGAAACAUCUUGAUCUACACAUCUAUGAAGAUAAUAUACCACCAUUCACUGUGCAAUCAAUGGAUGAAGUUUUGAAGAAAUAUAACAAUACUAUUCAUGGUAGUACAGAUGUUAAACCAAAAGAUUUCAGUGAAGCUAAUAAUGAAGGAUAUGUUAAGAAGAUGAUGGAAAAAGAAAGUAAUGUAAGGAAUACUAAAGAUUUCAACCUUUCUGUUGGUCAGAAUAGCGUUUGA